AGAAGAAGGAGAAGAAGAAGAGUCCGAACAUCAGGAGGAAACUUUGGUGAAGUUCUCCCGCAGGAUGAGUGAAAUGCUCCUGACGUUGAAGUGGUGGAUUUUCAUCGCUUGUGUUUCAGGCGUCCUCCCUCCCGGUUGCUCGGGUGUCAACGUGUUUGUGAGGGAUGAGAAGAGGUAUGCAGUGCUGUUCCAGUCCGUGGUUCUGCCGUGUCAGUACACCAGUGUGUCCACGCAGACCCCGGUGGUCCAGUGGGUCUACAAGUCGUACUGCCGCGACCGCACGCGGGAUUCCUUCAACUACCCCGACAGCAUGGGUGGAGGCCUGGGAGGAGGCGGCCUGACGGGUGGGACCGGAGGAGCCGGAGGAGGGUACGAGUCGGGGAAGACGGCAAAUUACCUCGACUGCUCCGACAGCAGCCGGACGGUCCGAAUGGUGGCCUCCAUCUCCGGUGCCUCGAUCACACUGUCAGAGUACUACAAGAACAGAGACAUCUCCAUCAUCAACAAGGCCGACCUGCGGAUAGGAGAGGUCCAGUGGGGAGACAGCGGAGUUUACAUCUGCAAAGUGGUUAUAUCUGACGAUCUCGAGGGUCAGAACGAAGCCCCUGUGGAGCUGCUGGUUCUGGAGUGGGUGUUUGUGGCGUCGGUAGCACUGGGCAGUGUGUUAUUCCUGCUGUUGUUUGGCGUUUGCUGGUGUCAGUGUUGUCCUCACUCCUGCUGCUGCUACGUCAGCUGCUGGUGCUGCCCCGACACAUGCUGCUGCCCCAGACACCUGUAUGAGGCGGGUAAGGGUAUAAAGACGGGGACCUCCAGCCCUCAGUCACCUGUCUACCCUCCAUACUUCGUCUCUGGUGUCCCGACCAUGGUACCCAUCGCCCCUCCCUCCCUAGUGAGCCAGAUGUCUUCUGCCCCCCCUUCAGAUGCCAGCCUUCUCACAGCAAUGCCGAUGCAUGCUGUAGGGCUUCCCUACCGCGUGCCGUCCCCUCAGGAUCAGGACUCUCUCAGGGUGCUACAGUAUGUAGAGAAACAGCUGGCUCACUUCAACCCCUCCAGAUCCAUCAGCCCCCAGUCCUGCAGUCUGUCCGAGCUGAGCUCUCUCCACGAGGGAGAAACAGGCUUCCGCCAAACAUACAGAAACAUCCAGAAAAAGGCUCUGCCCGCCAUCCCAGACCACGACCCCCUGCCUGAACCCCAACGCCACCGGGACCGCAGCCCGGAGCCACAGCGCUACCGUGAAAACCACACUUCACCCCAGCGUCAUCGCGAUCCAGAACCCCGGCGGUGCCAGGAAGAGCCUCUUCCUCCGAGACGCUACAGCGACGAUCCUCCGCCCUCCUCACCGACGCGCAGGCCUGGACGCAGUCAACAUCAGCAGAACCACAGCGAAGAGGAGAACCGCAGCAGGUGGAACCCUCGUUCGGAGCAUCUGCACAGGAAGUCGUACCGCUCGGCGGGACGCACCGGCUCCCUGGACGAGCUGGAGGAGUUUGCUUCUUGCUACAAGCAGAGAGGAAAAAGAGGAGCGGAGAAGGAUGAAGACCGAGGACACUAUGAGAUGGAGUUUCUGGAGUCGAAUCGAUAUCCUUCCUACCGUGACUGUCCAGCUCAACAUUACUACAAUGAUGAAAAUGAGCUGGAAGACGACAGGGAUCGGGAUGAUCAUCCCAGAUGGAGCAGGAAAAACGGACACAACAUAAGUCCACUUCCUUCACCCACAAAGAGGAGGGGCACUUGGGACAGUGAUCGUCCUGCUCCUCCUCCUCCCAGAGUCAGUCCUCCAUCGACUUCCUCUCAAGAGAAGGACUAUGAUGGCACAUUCCUGAACAGCCUGCUCGACCGCAAGGCCAAGUUGCGUGGGGUCGGCCAGGGGAAGAGUGGGGCCCGGGGUGAGGAGGAUUCAGACACUCCCUCAAAGGGCAGCUCGAAAAAGAGCAGCGGGGAAUCCAGUCGCCACUGCAGCCGCUCGCCCAGUAACCGGCCCGAGCAAGAUUCACUGCCUCCUUACUCGGACACAGAGCGAAGCAGGUCUGACCGGCCAUCACCACGGCCUCUCCCCGCAAACACUCGCUCCCCUCAGCCGUCUGCCCUCUGCCUGCCCAGCCACAGAGAGGAACCCAGAGACAAGUCCCGGAAAGUGAGCACCCUCCUCAGCCGAGACUCCCUCAUCGUCUGAUCGACUGACGGCCACAGAGACUGAAGUCUUGGAGCAGACGCAGCAAACGGCCAUGACACCGGAGUGGGAGCGGCACGUCCGUUGGUCAGAGAUGAGGGAUUUCACUGGAGUGUGGAGAGCUGAAUCAGUGAAUGAAGCAAAGAACAGAUACACUUUUAUUAUGGAGACUGUCACUGUGGCUUUCCUCGCGUGACGUCACCGAGUGAUGAGGUCAUCGAAGCUAGCUCUGUUUCUGUCACCAACUGCCUCUCGUACAUCUCAGCCGGAUUAACACUGAACCUGGGGGGGGGUACGACCUGGACCGUCCCUCCGAGCAGGACAAUGUCUGUCUUCCCUCAUCUCGCUGCAAGACGCUCUGACUUUGCUUUUACGCUUCGAGCACAAUGAGUUCAUUCAUUUCGAUUCGAUGAGAUAUCUGCGUUUAAAAAGCUCAACUGUCUCAUCAACACCAUUAUUGUCGAGUUGACUUCGGUUGUUGGACGACACACGCACUGCAUCAUUCAGUCAUAUGUUCAGACACGGACCCAACAGAUCCUAAAGAGACUGAAAUGUCACAUAAAGCUGGAAGUAGCAGGAAACAUAAUCUAAUGUUAAUAUGAUGUGUAUCUACAGAGGGGCAGUUCACCCUCAGCUCUAUGUUGAGUUUCAGCAUCUUUCAACUGAUUGUUGUUUUUAUUAUGGUCCAAAACGUUUCUGUCUCUGCCCACAGUUUUCUUCAGUGUUGUUUCCCACUGCAGUGGAACCAGCCCUAAUAAACUCACUGCACGUUACCAGCUCGACACCAAAGGGAAGACAACAGACACUGUUGGACAGAAGCUGAAAUCAGAGGAGCAUCUAGAAACUUAUCUUAUAUAUUCGUUUCACCUAAAAGUUGUUGGGAGACUAAAGGAGAGUUAACAAGGAAAAUAUUUGGACCGAAAUCUCGAGCCCGAACGAUUUAUUUGCCGUUAUGAGCCUUUUCCCGGAUAUAUAGUAUUGGCGAUAUGCGCUAAAUAUGAGAACUUCUAUUUUACAGGAUCAACAAUGCAGAAAAUAUGUGCACUUAUGUUUACAUUUCACAAAGAAAUAUUUGAUAUAUUUGGUUGUAUUUGUGUUUUCUUUUCAUUUAUAGUUAUUUAUAGUAAAGUUGUGUAAACUAAAACAUCAAGCCUUAAUGUUAGUUGCUGUGUUUGCUGUGGUGGUUUGAAGUAGAAGCAGCAGCAUUACUCGUUUCACUGUGCGUCAAUGAUUUUCAUAUUGUAUUUAAACAUGUUCGAAUUUGCACAAAGUAACUUCGAGGGACGUUAACCUGAUGACGUUUUGUAUAUUAACUAUUUGUGUGUGAGGUGUGAUACGACUGUUGUAAUUUGUAAAUGAUCGUAUUUGUCUAUGUGCUCCGUUGAGACUGUGUACAUAAGAUGAAGUGUGUUUGAUUUGAUAACUGUUGUUCAGCGCCUUAUUAUCAAUGCUGAGUCAACAGCUUGAGCAGCUUGAGUUAUCUUUGAUAACACUUUAUUGUGUUAUCAAAGAUACACACACACACACAUUACAAUGACCCACUGAUUUCUGUACAUGUAUCAGUUGUGUUGCUCCUUCUGUUCACAAUAAUUUCAUUAUUCCUGCCUUCAUUUGAGAAACGCCUAACGUCAGUGUUUAGUUUUCUACUGCUGACUGGUACUGACCACUGUGUGUGUGUGUGUUUGUGUGUGUGUGAGAGAGAGAGAGAGAGACUGAGAGAGAUAUGACUCUUUACUUCUGUAAAAGAGACAAUGUGUAAUGUAGUAUGACUCAUGUCUUUGUUCAUUGUUGUUACCACAGUCUGUCUGUCUUCGCUCAGCCUCACAAAUCGGCUGUUUUGUCCUCCACAGUGAGUUUGUGGCCACACUAGUGUCCGUGGAAGUGUGUGUUUUCUAAAAUGGCGAGACGCGCGUUGGCAAACGAUACAUCUGGACAUACACGGUGUUCGUCUUCGUAUCUCCUCGCCAAAUAAACUCUGCAGAAAUAUGAAA